AUGAAUCAAUUCGAUUCAAUAUUUGUGAUUAUUGUUUCAAUCCUUGCAUUAAUAGGAUUAUUUCUUAAUCUUCUCCUACUGUAUCUGAUAUUUUUCAAAAGUCCCGAUAGUCUCACACCAUACCGUAUAUUUUUGGCGAACACAACUAUUACCCAAUUCAUUUUUGCUAUUUUCACGGUGUUCAGUCAACCAAGAGUGCUUUCUGUGAAAACAUAUACAAUUGUGAUUUAUUUGGGACCAACACAGUAUUUUGGAGAAUGGUUGUCAGCAAUGUCAUAUAUGGGAAUGAGUAAGUGAAAAUGUAGACAUUUUUAGACUGUUAAUUUGGUUCGAAUAUUUUUCAGUUCAUUUAUCUUUGAAUUCAUUCAUCUCUAUAAUGCUCUCGAUGAUCUAUAGAUAUUUUUCUAUAAAUGCUCAUCGUUUCACAGCACGAACUAGUAUUUCAAUAUGUGUUUUGGGAUAUAUGAUACCUUUUAUCAGUUAUGUAAGUUCAAUCAAAAAUUUUCGUAUACUUAAACAAAAAUUUUCCAGAUGAGCUGUUCAACAAUUCAAACAUCAAGAGAUCCAAAUUUGAAUUAUGAACUAAUUGGAAGUUUUGUUGAUAAUUUAUCUUAUUAUAAAAUGGUUGUUGCAACAAACAUACAUGAUCAACCUGCACUUUUGAUUUUUAUUGCAUUGGUAUCAAUUGGACUAAUUCCAAUUUACGGAGUCAUGUAUUGGUGUCGACAUAAAAUUUAUAUAAAAUUGAAGCAGACAAGUGCAAUUCAAAGUAAUACGACCAAAGAUAAUGUGAAACGUUUAGUUAAUGUAAGUUUUUACAAAUUAUUAAUAUAAUAAUUCAAGUUAAAACUUUUCAGGCUUUGACCAUCCAAUCGUUGGUUCCUGUUAUUUCUGUAUUCCCUGCUUCAAUAUUUUAUUGCCUUGCUCAAACUGGCGCUGUUGAACCAUACGUCUACAGUUAUUUUAUUGUUCCAUGUUUGUUAAUAGGAUGUGUGAUUGAUCCAAUAAUAACAAUGCGAUGUGUUCUACCGUAUCGUCGUUAUAUUUUACGGAUUUGUCAUUUGCACUCUGGCGAAGUUACAAUAUCCAAUAAUGAUAGAACACGGUCUGAUCAUAUGAGCAAAAAAGUUUUUAUGAUUUCUCACGCAUAA